AUGAAAGUGAAAGUUCAAUUAUCUCAGAAAAGAGAAAGUUUAACUGUCCAACUAUCAACAGCCAUAUUGAAUGAGAGAGAGCCCAAGAGAAUAAACAUAAAUACUAUCAUAUUAAAUAAAAUGAAGUAUUUAUUGAACCUCAUAUAUUUAAUAACUAUUGAAGAUGUAAAAGAACAAGAAAGAAGGCGAAAAAUAAUCAGACUGUAUAUAAAAGAGACUAAUGAGCUGAUUAAGAUAGUGACUAUGCUACUUUCAGUAAAGCACGGCCAUCAUAUAAAUAAUUUAGAAAGAAAGGUACUAAGGCUACAUAAGUAUAACACAGAACAGGAAGAGCUUGCAGACAAAUUGGUGUAUCUUUGCAAUGAUUUAAAGCUGCAAGCGUCUUCAUCUUACGACAUACCCCGGGCAUUUAAGGUUUUGCUAAGUGGAAGGAGCGAUUUUCCAUCAGAGAUUAUAAGGCUCGCAAACGAGCUAACCAAAGAAAAAGAAAGCCGUUUUGGCAAUGCAGGAAGCAAUCCAAUGAAUGAAAGGUCUGAUAAGUCUGUAGACUAUACAAGACUUGAUCAGUUAUUGGUGCUUCAUAUUAAACGGUCUGGCAUUUGGACAGAUGAAAAUGUAUUUUAUACUGUGCGGAAUGGGGUGGUUGAGCUGACUUCAUACGGGUUUAAAAGCACUCUUAUUUUGUCAAUAACUAACAAUAUAUACAGCUGGAGUGUUUUAAGCAUAAAACAUACAGACGAUACAAAAAACAUUCCUAUAAAGGGCAUUGUAUUUAAGAACACUAUUAAAGAGAUUGUAGAUAUGACAAAAUACACGGAUUCUGUUAUAAAGAUAGAAGAAAUCUCUAGAGUACUUCGAAGCAGAAUAGAGAAUAAGAUAUUUGAUAUGGAAAUUAGCGGCACAACAAAGAACUUUGUUUUGACCAUUCUAGGAGUAUUCAAGAUAUUCUUUAAAAUAGAUGUCAACUGGGACGGUCCUUCUAUCAUCUGCCAGGUCACGUACAAAAACACACGAGAAAUACUUAAGUCAGACUUCAUAAACAAAGGAUUUGAGAUAAUUAAUAGCCAUCUGCAAAAAAGCGUUUCAGAGCAUGCAUACAUUAACUUUGAGAAGGGUCUUUUCUAUAAAGAUAGGCUUAUGUUUACUAUGAGAGAUCUGCAAAAAGAAGCACUCCUAGAGAAAAGUCUAAAUAGAAUAGCUGCACCAGGAGUAAUCACUAAAGAAAAGAUAAAUAUUUUGUGCAAUGGAACCAUUGUGCAGCUAAAUGUGCUUAUGAGAAUGGACACUUCUGUUUUUGUAGGGUUACACUGGGAAACAGAGAAAAAAGGCGCGCGGAUAUUCUAUGGAAUAUACCAAACAGGCUCACUACUGGUAGGAACCGAAAUGCUUAUUCGGUAUUCUACGGCUCCUAUAGAAGAGCCGCGCAGACAAAGCACUAUGUAUACUAGCAUCCAUAAUGAGGUUUGUGAUAGCGAUUAUGAAGAAAGCUCUGAUGAGAGAUCAAUGCAAGACAGCCAUAUGCCGAGAGAACAUUAUUCUGGGCCAAUUAGUUUUUCAGAGCGAGAAAAUUAUAUUGGAAGAGCCUCCACUCCAAAUACACCAAAUGAGAAUUUAUUCUUAGAUACUAUGUACAGCUCGACGCAUCUUAUUAACUAUAUUCUGCAGAAUCCAAAACACCUGCUUACAGCAGUGUCUUUAUAUCAUGCAGUCAGGCUGAAAGGAAAGCACAGUGCCAAAUCUAGAGAUGAUUACAGAAUUACACUAUGCACCUCGUUCAAGCUAAUUUUAUUUAAAACUGUUAUUUUAAAAUUAGGCGGAUCAACAGGACAAAAACUAUUUACUAAGAUUGUUUCUAAGCGGGUAGGUAUAGAAGAUUAUCUAAGCACAAACGAUAUAAUAAAGAUCACCUGGCUUGCUGUUGUAGCAAAAGGACUCACAUCAACUAGAGCUAUCCUGCCUAGCCUGCACAAGAAAAUAGGCAUAGAAGGCAGACUAGAAAAAAAUAAGUACCUUCUGUUUAAGGGAAAGAUCAAUUUUGCUAUAAAAUAUGCGAACGGCAAGAUCUUAUGUACCUCUGCAAAUUAUGCUGUAGCUCUUUGGGCUGCUUCUAUUCUUAAUCAGAGAAUAAAAGAAAGCCUUUUCCUCUUUUUUGACAUGCAUCGUAUACUGAUGUAUCCUGGAUUAGUUACAACUAUACCAUUGCACAAUAUGCUAGGCGGGCAGUUAAAGAACACUUGUAAUACAUCCAUUUUAUACCGAGUUACCCGGCACAUAGAGGUUUAUUGGCAUAAAAAAGCAGAAAAGGUAGAGCAAGCACUGAAAAAUAUUCCAAAAAUAGCAGGAGGUCUGCACAGCGCAGCCAUUUCUCUGGAGUAUUUAGACGGUUUUCUAUCAAUUAUUUCUAAGCUACUCUCACAGGAAAGAAUUCAGGAACUGGGACCACAUGUAAGGGUAGGAAAAAAUGAAAAAGAGUACGCGGUGUAUAGUUUACGACUAGAAAACAACAAAUUGUUUGCCUACUUGGCCGAAAAGGGCAACAUUAACAUUCAUAUUAAUAUAGAAGAAAUAUUACAAAAAAGCCCAGACGCAGAAAAGACCCUUCUAGAACAUAACCUGUACCUUUUUCCUUAUUAGGACACAUUAAAUUCAUAAUUAUAAAUAAACCAAAUCAUUCU